UCGUCAUGAAUACAGCAGAAAUGUUUUCGCUAACCCAAAAAAUGGAAAAGUCAUGGGAUAAUGAAUUCCAAGAACUGGUGAAAGCCCUCCCUAAAGAAGAUGGUUGGAUUGGAUCCCAUCUUUAUUUCUAUCAAGGUUUUUGGUGCCCAGCUCUUGUUUUAAAAUCUUUCAUUUCUUUCCAAAAAAAUUUCCAAGCAUUUGCUUCCGAUGUUAUCCUUGCCACUUUCCCCAAAUGUGGCACUACUUGGCUUAAGGCGUUGGCUUACAUCACUUUAUACCGCUCUCACUUUGCAAGGGAUGAGAACCCCUUGCUUUCCUCUAGUCCUCACCAACUGGUUCGUUUCUUAGAGUAUGAUCUCUACUUGAACAACCCUUUUCCUGAUCUCCAAAACGCUUGUGCUUAUGAGCCUAGGCUUUUUGCCACCCACGUUCCUUAUGCUUCUUUGCCUACUUCCAUUACAGAUUCCAACUCUAAGAUUGUUUACAUAUGUAGGAACCCCUUGGAUAUGUUCAUUUCGCUUUGGCUUUUCAGUACCAAGCUUCGAGACAACAACCUAAGGCCACUAUCACCAGAUGAAGCUUUUGACAAGUUCUACCAUGGAAUUUAUGCAUUUGGACCCUUUUUUGAGCAUGUAUUGGGAUAUUGGAAGGCAAGCCGAGAGAAUCCCAACAAAAUAUUGUUUUUAAAAUAUGAAGAUCUUAUGGAAGAUACCAAUUCUCAUCUAAAAAAUUUAGCUAUGUUUUUAGGAGUUCCUUUCACAGAGGAUGAAGAGAAACAAGGAGUUGUUCCAGAAAUAGUAAAAAUGUGUAGCUUUGAGAACUUAAAAGAAUUGGAAGUGAACAAGAAGGGCUUACACGCUUCUGGAAUUCCAAACGCAGAUUUUUUUAGAAAAGGAGAAGUGGGAGAUUGGAGCAAUCAUCUCACACCUUCCAUGGUUGAACGUUUGGAAAAACUUAUUCAAGAGAAAUUGAAUAACUCAGGUUUAACAUUUAAACUCUCCUGCAAAACUUCAAGGAUAUUCCACCCAACAGAAUAA